GGUGAAGUUCAAUCAAUGGACGAGUUACUGCAAGACACUUCGAUCCUCGAGUACCGCGACCAAAAUAACAACAAUCUGCUGCUCAUCGCGGCGCAUAGUGGCAAUGAAACCAUCGUCAGGCAAAUGGUGAACGCUGGCUUAAACAUAAACGAGACGAAUUACUUUGGUGAUAGUCCACUUAUGUUAGCCGCUUUGUCGAAUUCACGGAUCGUGAAGACUCUUUUGGAGCUUGGCGCUGACGUGCACAUGAGAAGCUGGGAUGGAUUCACAGCGUUGCAUUUGGCGGCAAUUAACGGUGAUCACGAGGUCGUGAAGCUUCUCAUUGACUUUGGUGCCUGUUUGAACGUGCUCGACGACGCCGGUCGCACGGCUCUUCAUAUGGCAGUGAACUUUGCCAAUCACGAAGUCACGCGGUUGCUAAUCGACCACGGCAUCAACGUUGACCUGCACAGAAAAUCCGACACGCCCUUGAGUUUGGCCGUGAAAAACGGCGACCAGAAUAUGGUACGGCUACUGCUUAAUGCCGGAGCAAUGGACAUGAGUCACCAGAGUAACAAUGGACGGACACUUCUACACGAAUGCAUCUGCAUGCAAAACUUGGACAUAAUACGCGACAUUAUCUUAAGAGGCGUAAAUGUCAAUGUCGCGGACAUGAAUGGAUUUGCUCCGCUCCACGAAGCCGUUACGUAUCAGAAUGUGGCACAGAUACUUUUGCUGCUUGAAAAUGGGGCGAAAAUUACAGCCAAAACUAUGGAGGGUAAUACGCCGUUGCAUUGGGCAAUAAUUGGCAAAACAUCGAAAAUACCACGACAUACUAAAGCUCCUCCUCGACAAUGUGUGUGUACACACGGUCUCUCGGCACUGCACAUUGCCGCCAAAUCCGGCCGUACCGGGACGGUCUACGACUUGGUGCAAAAUGGCGCGAAUAUCAACAUAAAGGACAUCAACAUGAGAACGCCGAUCUACUUUGCUACGCUCAAUGAGCAGAAAUUAAUGGUCAAGCUUCUUCUGGAUCUCGGGGCUGACAUUAACGAAGGUCGCCAAGUACACGAUAUGGUGCUGUACGUGGCAUUGAAGCGCAAAUCUAGAAUAAUAAUUAAUCUUAUAAUCCAGCACUUGGCUAAUUUAUAUGCUAAAGGCAUUAGCGUCAAUCAGCUGAAUAUUUCGUUGAUCGCACAGCAGGACGAUCUGAAAAAUCAUUUUGAAAAUUGUAAGAGGGAACUUCAAAGCAUGAAAGAGCACAAGGUCUACAAUAGCAUCAGUUAUUUCAAAAUACUGAACAGUAGUAUAGAUACGAUUGCUGCUUACGCUAGAAAUGAUAAUAUUAAAAAAUGUUUUGAGGACAGUAGUUACGGCAGCGACUAUACGAUUUAUAAAUUAGCUUUGAAAAAUAAAGUGCAAAAGGGAAUUGAGAGAUGCAAGUUUUUAUAUUCUGCUGGGACAUUGUUAAGCGACGCUCUACCGUGUCUGGGAGGGAAGGAGGGUUACCGAUCCAUGAGUUCUAACUCAUCUAAUUUUCAGUUCCCAAUGAACGUAAGAAACUUGCCGGCGGUGGUGAACUGGCGGGACUCCCAGGGUAGCAGCCUCCUGCACGUGCAUGCCUGCGUAGGUAACGAGGUGGUGACGAAGGCUCUCCUAGAGAUUGGCUGCGACGUGAGGGCCAAGAACGACCGGGACGAAACGCCCCUUACUUGCGCGGACUUUAACAAACCCGGGCUCAUCGGUUGCCUCAUCCAGGCCGGGGCAGACGUUAACGCAGCCAACUGCCUCGGCCAGAGUCCUUUACACCUGGCGGUCUCGUCCCAAAACGAGAAGUCGGUGGAGCUGCUCGUGAGCGCGGGCGCCGAUAUUAAUGUAACCGACCACAACCUGAAUACCCCACUCCACAUCGCCGUCGAUGCCGGCUUGUAUGAUAUUGUGAGGAUACUCGUGGAGGGUGGGGCUGAUAUCAACGGAAUGCAAUCCGAUCAUAGACAUGUCGACCGCGUCACGUUUACGAAUUUUAGUAUCCUGAGUCUGGCCGCGCGAACGAGAAACGAGCCAAUUGUUAAAAUCCUUUUGGACGCCGGGGCGGACGUAACGAAGGUGAACGUCGAUGGCACGACGCCCCUCCACUUUGGCGUCUGGCUCCGUACCUCCGACCUGACGCGGGCGAUGAUCGCGCGGGGUGCCGACGUGAACAGGCAGGACGCCGACGGCUUUGCCAUCCUCCACGAGGCCGUAUACGAGGGUAACAUUCACCAAGUGCGGAUGCUGUUGGAGCACCGGGCGAACAUAUCAAUCAAGACACUGGAGGGCGAUACGCCAUUACAUUGGGCGGCAUUCGGCAAUACGAGCGACAGUCACGAGAUCGUCGAGCAUCUGCUAACGAACGGCGCGGACUGCAACGACGGUAACAUCGACGAGACGACGCCCUUUCAGUUCGCUCUGAAGAAGAGCGAUCGCGAGCUCACGCAGCUUUUCUUGAAUCACGGCGCCAACGUCGGCGUCGUAAACUUCAAGGGCGAGACGUCGCUGCACUUCGUCGCGGAGAAUCGCCACGCCAAUGUAAUAGAGCGCCUCCUCCAGUUUCAAUUGAAUGUCGAGGCCCGAAACGUCAACGGCUUCAGUGCCCUCCAUUACGCCGCGGAAUCGGGGAACGAAGAGGGUUGCGCCGUCCUUUUGAAGUACGGCGCCGAUAUCGAGGCCAAAUGUAACGUCGGCAGGAGCCCCUUGUACCUGGCCGUGAGGAUGCAGCAGGAGCAGGCCAUCAGGCUACUGCUCGAACACAGGGCCAAUGUUUUUGCCAGAACGAUAACAGGCGAGAGCAUCCUGGACGUGGCGAUCGAGCACGGCGACGGACGUUUAAGCCACGUCCUAUUGCAGCACAUGGCCAAAAUGGAGAGUGUCGGUGUCAAGCUGGACGAAGAGGAUCGGCUUGCCAUCCAGCAUCGCGAGGAUCUGCACGUUUACUAUCAGCGAUGUAUCCACGAGCUGGGAAACUUGCGCCGGAGGCUAGUAUAUAACGAGAUCUCCCUUUUCGAUUUACUUGUAGCGAGCACGAAGAUCCUUUGCGGCUACGCGAGGAACGAAGAGAUGGUGGCCGCGUUCAAGGAAUUCGAGACUGAAAAGUUCGAGUUUCCCAUAUAUUAUGAGGCACUGGCGCGUCGCUUUAAUGCUGAGACGAGGAAGCAGUAUUUGUUGUGGAACGCUGCUUCGAUUCUCAGUGAUAUUUUUCACUUUAACGAUCCGCUGCAUAUCGCUAAUCAAAAGAUCCUUAGUUAUCUUACAGAGAGCGACUUGCAGUAUUUCCUUCGGUAAUGCGAUGGACCAGUGUUUCUCAUCGUUGUAAAUAUAUCCUCCGUGUGCGAUAACGUGCUUGGCAUCACUAUGAUCUCCAAACGAAUGUACCAAAGUUACUUAUUAAAUAGCUUUUAGUAAUUGUAGCGAUACUGACUUUGUAGCGAUAUUUAUUAUGUGGCAAAUGUUUACUUGCCGAGCGUUGACGUUAUUGUUUUGUCUUUAUGUAAAUUUGUAUAUUAUAAAUUUGAACGAUC